AUGCGAGUCCUUCUUUUUUUGGCCUCCCUAGGCCUUGUGGCCGCUGAAAAUGGACUAGACGGUUGGCUACGAUAUGCCCCGUUGCCAUGCUCCCAGCAAUGCAAGUCCAAGCUGCCCGCUAAUAUCGUUGCCCUCAAUGCAACUGAAACUAGCCCCGUAUACGUUGCAGGUACAGAGCUGCAACAGGGGUUGGAGAGUAUAUAUGGCACAAAGACUGGUGUCAGCCACGACAAGUGUAAAUCGUCUUCGUCUUCCGUGGUCGUUGGCACCCUUGAGCAAUAUCGCAAGACUUGCGGAGCUGUGAAAGAUAUCCCGGACCUGGAAGAAGAUGGUUUUUGGAUUGACACCCGGAACAAUAGGAUCCGUAUCUUAGGAUCAAAUGAAAAGAGUGUUCUAUACGGUACCUUCGAAUAUCUCUCAAUGUUGGCCCAGGGCAAUUUCUCCGAAGUCGCCUAUGCUACGAACCCAGUUGCCCCAAUUAGAUGGGUAAACCAAUGGGAUAACAUGGACGGCAGCAUCGAGAGAGGAUAUGGUGGACCAUCCAUAUUUUUCAAGAAUGGUGCUAUUGUUGAUGAUCUGACCCGGGUUAAGCAGUAUGCUCGUCUCCUAGCGAGUGUGAGAGUGAACGCCGUCGUCAUCAAUAAUGUCAAUGCAAACGCCACGCUGCUCACCCCUACAAAUAUCAAAGGGCUAGCCAGAGUUGCAGAUGUUUUCCGGCCGUACGGUAUCCAAGUUGGUGUGUCCCUCAACUUCGCAUCGCCUCAAACAUUCGGGGGCUUGGACACCUACGACCCUCUCGAUGCCUCCGUCAUCAACUGGUGGUCAAACAUCACGGAUCAGAUUUAUGAUGAAGUCCCGGACAUGGCUGGCUAUCUCAUAAAGGCCAGCUCUGAGGGACAGCCGGGUCCAGAAACAUACAAUCGUACUUUAGCAGACGGUGCCAAUCUUUUCGCUCAUGCCCUUGAGCCUCAUGGAGGCAUUGUCAUGUUUCGCGCCUUCGUCUACAAUCAGCUCAACGAAUCGAAUUGGGACGCUGAUCGUGCAAAUGCUGCAGUCAAUUUCUUCAAAGAGCUGGACGGCAAAUUUGAGGAGAACGUGGUAGUCCAAAUCAAAUAUGGGCCUAUUGACUUUCAAGUUCGGGAACCGGCCUCGCCCUUAUUCGCAAAUUUGCUCAAUACCAGCACCGCAAUUGAGCUCCAGGUCACACAAGAAUAUCUUGGCCAGCAAUCCCAUCUCCUCUAUCUUCCACCUCUUUGGAAGGGUAUCUUCGACUUUGACCUUCGGGUUGAUGAGAAGCCCUCUUUAGUUCGAGAUGUGUACUCCGGCAAGCGCUUCAACCGGAAGUUAGGCGGGUCUACUGCAGUCGUCAAUGUUGGCACAAAUACUACAUGGCUUGGUAGCCAUUUAGCCAUGUCGAAUUUAUAUGCCUACGGUCGAUUAGCAUGGGACCCAACUGAUGACUCUGAGGGCAUGCUCCAGGAUUGGAUUCGGUUGACCUUUGGCUUGGAUAAAACCGUUCUCAAUGCCAUCACAAAGAUGUCAAUGGAAUCAUGGCCAGCGUAUGAGAACUACAGUGGAAACUUGGGCAUACAGACAUUGACCGAUAUCCUGUAUACUCACUUUGGUCCGAACCCUGCUUCACAAGAUAAUAAUGGUUGGGGUCAAUGGACUCGUGCGGACCAUACAUCGAUCGGAAUGGAUCGAACGGUCUCUAAUGGAACGGGGUUCUCAGGCCAGUAUCCAUCGGAGGUUGCGUCUGUGUACGAAAAUAUCGAAACCACUCCCGACAAUCUUCUUCUGUGGUUUCAUCAUGUUGACUACACUCACCGUCUGCAUUCUGGGAAAACCGUCAUCCAGCACUUCUAUGAUGCCCACUACGACGGUGCAGAUACAGCGCAGACCUUUUUGACACAAUGGGAAAGCUUGAAAAGCAAGAUUGACAAGGAGCGAUACGAACAUGUCCUUCGUCGUUUUGAGUACCAAGCUGGGCACUCGAUUGUCUGGCGAGAUGCCAUCGUCGACUUCUACCAUAAUCUCUCCGGAAUCGCCGACACAUCGAAGCGCGUUGAUCAUCAUCCAUGGCGCAUUGAGGCAGAAAGCAUGUAUCUCGAUGGCUACGAGACCUACACUGUCAGCCCAUUUGAGACAGCGUCCGGCGCAAUUGCAAUUGUCACGUCUUCUAACGACACUGUUGGAACUGCUACGACGAAAAUCAAAUUUCCAUCAGGAACAUACGAUCUGGCAGUCAACUACUAUGACCUCUAUGGAGGUCAGUCACAGUGGAAGGUAUAUCUCAAUAACAAAAAGGUUGGUGAAUGGAUUGGAAACGCCGAGGACUAUCUCAGUCAUACCCCCUCCAUAUAUUUGGAUGGACACUCAGCCACGCGCAUCAAUUUUCGGGAUAUCAAAGUGAAGAAGGGCGACACAUUGAAGAUUGUUGGUACUCCUGAUGGAGUUGAACCAGCACCUCUGGACUAUAUUUCUCUUCUCCCCAAGGGAAUCGUGGAUUAG